UGCUGUUUAUCUGUGGCUGUGACUCGGGGCUCUUGCUCUGCAUCCUGACUUCUCCGGGAGUGCAGCUCCAGAGUACGCAGCCUGGCUGGGGCUGCAGGGCAAGGAAAGUGUUAAUCUUGCCUUCCUGGGGAGGUCACAGCUGUUUGCAGUGAGGAGGAGAAUGCCCUCCUGUACGUCUUGGGCUGGGAGAGAUCAGCCCCAGGAGGACCAGCGGAAUGAGGAGGGGAGCAGGGAUCAGCUGCUCCAGCCCAGGGCUGUGAGCGGGCUGGCAGCCAUCCCCACGCUGCCGUUGAUGUGCUCUCCUGAGCCAGCCUGCGAGUCCGAAUGUGGGCUCAUCUUUGAGGCAGAGUCUGGAAUGGACUCUGACCAAGUGUGAGAAGUUACAGGGACCCCAGCACACCUGUGAUGGGGACAGGCUGGGCACAGGCAGCUCCCUGCCUUGAGGCUGGUCCAGCACUGGCAAGCUGCGAGGCAGCGGGUCCGCGGCAUCCCUCUCUCCCAGGGUGUGUGCGGCCAGGGUGCCCUGCAGGUACUAACACUGGUGGUUGGCACCAUUGGGCCAGUGGCGCAGGCAUGUGCCAGUGGCUCACUGGGCACAGGCUUCCUCUGAGCAUCAAAGAACUGGUUUCUCUGUGUGUGCUCCUUCCAGAAUCUAAAAAUGGCAUUGCUGGAUGUCCUUGAGUGCGUAGGAGCCCCGUGAAUGAAGAGAGGAGUGUUGCUUGUAUCCCCUAUUUGCUUUCUAUUGCGAGUCAAUAUAAAAAGCACUCCAGCCUCUGUAGCCUGUGCAAGGGGGAUGCAAGAGCAGCCGUUGGAAUGUGCUGAGCUGAUAUUGCUUAGGCUCUCCGGAUCCAGGCUGACAGCACCUCAUGCAAAGUUUGGUUUUGACCAGGGUCAGUUUAGACAGGAGCCUAGAUCAUCCCUUGGUCCCUGUGGUCUUAGUGGAAGGCUGUGAAGUUCAAGUCCACAGAAACCACCCGAAACAAGUGGGCUUUGGUGUUUGAGAGUGGUGGAGGGAUGGCUGUGCGUAGCCUGGGGCUCUGCUGUGCAGCUGGAGCAGUUGAGAGUCCUUUGUGGUGUAACUCUGCUGUAUUGGACUGCUUGGGGUGGUUUUUCAGACAGCAGCUACUUGCCCUAUCUAUGCAAAUCCUCAUAAAGAAUUGAAUGCAAACCAGCCUCUAGACUGUGCAUACCUGCAGGGUUUUGCCACAGCAGAGGGAAGACAUGAAUUUCGUGGCAAGGUAUUGAUUCUUAAAUUUCAGUUGGAUGAGAAGUUGCAAACGGUGAAUCAUUGCUCUGUCUGUAAAGGUUGUACCCAAAUUGCAGAGCUCUGAAAUAACCCAAAGCCAUAGGGCUACUGUGUGUGGAAGGUGACUUGGAUUCCCUGCUCCUCCUUGGUGUAGCCUACAAAGCCAGGAGGUACCUGCAGACUGUCCCCCAACAAAUCAUCCUCGUGAACAAAACCAGUGGGCAGGUGAGGCUGCUCCAGACCCAAGCCUGCCACGUUCUCCUCUACUCCUCCCUUGCUCCGGGCGAAAACUGGCUUUCUUGAUGAGGCUCUCUUGUUACAAUUGUGUGUCCUGUUAACAAUCUGAAAUCAUAGCUUCAAGUCGUGCUCAAGGUUAACAGAGGUUUUGCAACUUGAUCGUAGUGAAGUGGAGCUUCAACGUUUCCCAUGGACUCAACAGAUGUUGAAGCAUCUGGUGACUGCAGCAGGACCAAGUGAUUCAAUCCAGAUGUCGGGACUCUCACUGCUCAUCUGUGAAGGCUGUGACUCUGGCUUCGGGCAGGCAACAGCGAGGCAUUUGGAUGCCAUGGGCUUUCGGGUGUUUGCCAGCGUGCUGGACCUGCAGAGUCCCGGUGCCCAGGAGCUGCGCAGGAGCUGCUCGCCAAGACUGACGCUGCUGCAGAUGGACUUGACCAAACCAGAGGAUAUCCAGCACGUCCUGCAGCAUGUCCAGACCCACACGAACAGCACAGGGCUCUGGGGCCUGGUGAACAAUGCUGGCUUCAACGACACCAUUGCCGACGCAGAGCUCUCACCACUGGGCAAGUUCCGCACCUGCAUGGAGGUGAACUUCUUCGGUUCGCUGGAGCUCACCAAGGGGCUGCUGCCCCUGCUCCGCUCUGCCGGCGGCCGCAUCGUCACUGUGAGCAGCCCCGCGGGUGACCUGCCCUUCCCAUGCCUGGCAGCCUAUGGAGCCUCAAAGGCAGCCCUCAGCCUGCUCAUGGACACCUUCCGCAGUGAACUCCAGCCCUGGGGUGUCAAAGUCAGCAUCAUCCUGCCUGGCUACUACAAAACAGGGACGACGUGCGAUCCUGCCUUCUGGAACCUGCAGAAGCAGCGGCUGGUGGCCAGCCUGCCCCAGGAGCUGCUGCAGGCCUACGGGGAGGACUACGUAGAGGAGAUCAACCGCCAGUUCAUCCAGUUUAUGAAGGUGGCAGUGGAGGACCUCAGCGCGGUGGUGAACAGCAUCACGGACGGGCUCCUGGCUGCCGACCCGGCCGUGCGCUACUACCCAGGGCAGGGCCUUGGGCUCAUGUAUUUCAUACACCGCUACCUGCCCUAUUUUGUCCGAGACUUGUUCUUGAAAGGAUUCUUCAUCAACCCCAAGCUGCCCCGAGCGCUGCAGCAAGAGCACAACGCUACGAAGAAGGCCUGACCUUAGCCCACAUGCGGUCACAGGGCAGGAAUGAGCCAUCUCCUGGGAUUUCCAGGCACACCAGCCCCGGAGCGUGUGUGCAGCCACCAGCAUCACCCUCCUGCACCAUGGGGGAACAAUCAGCACUAGACGUUAAAAACCAAAUUGCUUUCUAAAAUGAGGCAGAUGCUGAUCUAUUUUCUAUCAUGUGAGAAUCAACGUUUUUUCUAGAGACUGUGUUUUUGUAUUUUUUUCUAACCGUGCAUCCUCCAAGGGGGCUGCCCCUGCCUGACUCUGCAGCUCUACACUAUGGGCUGGGAUGUACCUCAGCUGUUUCUCAGCUCCCCAUGUUCCUAACUGCUGUCGGAGCUGCAUUUGUCUCCAUCACCUCUUGGCUGGGUUAGGGCCAGGAUCCUGUGGCCACUGCCACGCCACUCCUUGCCAUCCAUACUACACACUCCAUGUGCUCCCGGCAAGUGCAGGGGCCGAGGCCAGGCUGCCAGUGCCAGAGCUCUUCACGAGAUGAACUACCUGAUUGUCACUUUUUAAAUAAAUCUGUUCUUGAUACA